AUGGACGCUAAAACAAAGGUCUCCAAGUACCUUGCCGAUCUGAAACAGGAUUCUGCACGAAAAAGUGGCAAUUCUACUCACGUCAACACGGCGACAUUACAAACAAUAAGAGGGCCAGGACAGGCCGCACACGAUCCACUUCAGUUUGUUUCGACAAGCGGAGUGUCGUUAGCCGAAAAUGCACGACAAUUGAUAAAUAUCACUGAACAACAGAAGAGGGAACGAGCGAAACUUAUUCAACAAGGGCAACAUUUCAACGAUAAUGAAUCAUGGGUAGACGAUUUGGACACAUGGAGACGAAAACGUAAAACGAAAGCAGCGAAACAAGCAGCCGCUGAAGCUGCCGAAACAGCAUCAAAUCCAGCAAAAGACUAUCGACCACAUCCAAACAUCGACUAUCACAGUCUGCCGAACUAUGGACGAAAUCACAAGGAAACAAAAGAGGAAAUAUUAACGAUAACUUCACCAUCACAUCAAGAAGAUCAAAACGAUUCGGGCAUCGAAAAUCGUACCACAGAUUCGCAUUCCCCUUCGACAUCACUCGAUUUCUCACCGAGAAGUGACUCCAAACUUACCGCCGAAUUGAUCUCACCGAAAAGCGCUCACACGUAUUUGACGGAAACCACGUCUGCGAGUCGUACGGAACAACCACCAGACUACGCACCACCACCGCCACCACCGCCGCCUCCAUCCGAACAGGACCAAUCACUUGAUCAGGUAGUGGUACCUGUGCAAGUGUCACGUGUCAUACCGGCGAAUCUUCCGCAGCUCGUCGACGACGACGAUUAUCCUCCACCUCCGCUACAUCUUCGAAGGCCUACGUCAUCGGAUAGAAGUGUAGACGACCUAUCGUCACGUUUCGAAAGCGCUUCACUAGAUAUAAGAGCGGUACCAAUUUCUCAUUACGAAGAACAGGCAGCUACUUCAAAGCCAUACGACGAGACCAAGCCUGACAGUCAGACUGUCGACUUAACCGUAGAACUGAAUAGAGAGCAAAGAGGGCAAGUAACAGCCGUCAGGUAUCCGGCCACAAGAAGAAUCGAAACGAUACCUUCAAGCACAGACGACGUUAAGAUACCUACUUUUGUCUCACGGAUCACUCACAACGUAGAACCUCCACCAAGCAGUCGGCAACACACUUAUACUUCACAACAAGCAAGUUCACAGUUACGUAACCGAAGUAUGCCACCGACAACCGUAUACCGUGCCGUGGAUAUCCCGUUCGACGAGUCCCCGGCGGCUUAUCAGCCGAAAAAGGACGACAAUCUUCAUACGGUUACGGUAGUGAUGGGCACUCAUCCUGUCCAGAAAGGUUUCGGAUUCACUAUAACCAUUGAGCGUGGACGACCCACCAUUGAUAGUGUUGUGGUCGGUACACCAGCUGAUAGAGCAGGAUUGUUGAUUGGCGAUCGGGUGAUUUCCGUUAACGGAGAAGACCUCAAGGAUAAAUAUCCAUCUGCGAUCAACAGAAUGCUUCACGAUGCGGCGCGACUUGGCGAAGCGGAAGUGGUCAUCGAGAGGAAGGAUGCAAAAAUCGCACAAGUGAAGUCGUUGACAUCUUCGCAAAAUUUCGACAAAGCUCGUUCAGUGUUCUCUGAAACAAGGAGCGUGGAUUCCUAUGCAGAAUUUAAACGAAAGCAUAGCCGAGCGUCUCGAGCAGAUCAACCAAGCGCACGCGAAUAUAACUCACUCCCAAGAUCCACUUCAACCGGAGCAAUACCAGGACCAAAGAGGGAUAAUUCGCUUUCAAGUUUACGUUCAAAGGCGGGCUCUCCUGCUCGAUCCUACUAUGAAAGUUCGACAACUCGAUCGGAAUUCAGGAGUCAUACUAGCAGUGGGACCCCUGAUUACAGAGUCACGUCAUUGCACGAAAAAACGGGACCCGGAAAACUGACCGAUUUUGUGCCGGAAGUGGAACGAAACAUUGGAAGAUCUAGAGAGGAUGAGAGAAGAGAAUUUCCCUAUCGUCGUGCAUCGGACGAAGAACCACGUUUAAUACGCAACUAUGAUCUACCACCAGCACAUACGACAACAACAAAAGUCACUUCCACCGUUGCGAGUGCACCUAUGGGAACUUCUCGUCGUGUUCAGGAUGAAUCCGUAAAUGCGGUGCUGAAACGAUCAACACUGCCAAGAAAUAGUCACAUCGAACCCGAAGAACAUCCGUCCGAUGACGACACUAUAGCUGGAAAAUCAUUUCUCCGAAAAACUCUACGUUCACUAUCGCCUCCUGCCCCAGUCGGAGUGCUUGAACGAUCACCGGAACUCGACGACCCGACCCAAUUCGGGUCGACCGAGCAUCAUAACCGUGACGAUUGGCGCUGUGUAUACCCUCCACAGCAACGUUCGCAGAGUUCGUACGAGUUACGCCAUAGAGACGACGUCACACCCAGGAGAGAUCACACCGACUACGAUCGCAACACUCAUGUUCGAGAAGAGCUCGAAUUCGACGAGAUGUAUCGUAAAAAGAAUUACCAUACGGUGGGAAGCUAUCGCGAUCGUGCACCAAAAACAACGGUAGUCCCUGUGCACCGUAUCGAUAGAAUCGAUAGAAGAGACUAUCGAUCCGUGGAUACGCCACGCCCCUAUCAUCCAUCACGUUCACGAUCCACUGAUUUUGUAAUUGAAAGAGAGUAUAGGGAGGACGAGGACGGAAUUUCCGACGUCACACAUCGAUUUUAUGAUCGAGACGGGAAUUACUUGUUUAAUGGAAGAAGACGAGGUUGCGAUAUAGAUAUACGCAGGGAUUACAAUCUUCCACGUGACGCUGAGCGACGAAGUUUGCGGGUCCCGACAAGAAAAUCCAAAAGCAUGGAACGAUGCGUGGAAGAACGUUUGGAGUAUGAAGAGAAAGAAAAACGCAUAUGGAUUCCAGAAAGAAGGGUGGUGGAGUCUCGUGAUUGGCGUGAUGUCAUCAACCAACAACGACAAGCCGCUCCCGGUCGCGCCGCGGACACGCAACGCAUCCGAGACGCGAGCGCAUCAUUGGGAAAUUUACCAGCAAUUAUCAAUCGUAAGCUAGAAGAGACUCGAAAGUUUGAAAAAGAAAGGCAGACUACCGAGUAUGGGUAUAGGACUCCACAUAUCGACAGCUAUGAGCGAGAAUAUGGACGUUUUGAGAAGAGCUACCAACCUGAUUAUCGAAGUCGUACCUUUGAUUCUUCACGAUACGGCGGACAAACAACAACAACGCGUGGAGUCGAAUCGGAUUUCGCCACUUCGGACUAUAGACGACGAGAGCAUCGCGAGAUAAAUCCCUCCACAGUUUACGAUAGACGUGAAAUGAGCUAUCGAGAGGAUAUCCGACGAGAACCGGUGAAUAACGAUCAAGUAGUGGCUGUUAGUGGAAAGCAUCGAUGUGCUCAUUGUGCGGACGAAUUAGGUCGCGGCGCUGCCAUGAUUAUCGAAUCGCUCAAUUUAUUCUAUCAUCUCGCCUGCUUCAAAUGUUAUGUGUGCAAAACACCAUUGGGUUCUGGUGCAACCGGAGCCGAUGUCCGAGUACGCGAAGGUCGACUUCAUUGUCAAAGUUGUUAUAGUAAUGACCGUGUACAAUUGAGUAAAGUAUAA